ACAACCCGGAAAUGUUAAAAAGAAUUAUUAUUGGGGCUGAUGAGUUUAUGGUUAUGACUCUAAGACAGAAGCCCAAUAUUCACAGUGGAAGACGUCCGAAGAGCAACGACCUAAGAAAGCGCGCCAGAAUCGGAGCAACAUCAAGUAAAUAAUGUUCACUGUUUUUUCGACGAGAAAAGUGUUGUUCAUCAUGAAUAUGCUCCAAAAAGUCAGACGAUGAACAAAGAGUAUUACCGAGAAGUUCUGAAGCGAUUACAUGACGCAGUGAGAAGAAAACGGCCUGAUUUGUGAGAAAGUGGUGACUAGGUGCUUCGUCACAACACACCUAUCCAUUCAUCGCAACUUAUCCAGCAAUUUCUAAUGAAACACGGAAUUGUUCAACUACGUCAGCCCCUGUACAAUUCUGACCUGGCUCCCUGCGACUUCUGGCUGUUCCUCAAAUUGAAAAAUCCUCUAAAAGGAAGAAGAUUUGACGACGUAGAGGAAAUAAAAAGGAAUGCGACGAAGCAGCUGUUACUUAUUCCCACAAAGUCGGAUACUUUCCGGACCAUGUAUUUGCGAGGAGGAAAGAAAACGAGAGUAUGUAGCGAAUACGUCACAGCAUUACUGACAAAACUUUGCGUUUGUUUAGCAUUUCGUGAGAACGUAAACAGUGCUGACAAACAAUCAUCAGUUGACACACAAGCAAGAGAUCAGUGGAACAACAUUAAUCGUUAAUGAAA